AUGUUGCACACCACUUCUUGGUCAGGAAUGGACACGGAAGUUAUGCUAAGAUCAAGUUUAUGCGAAUUUGUAAGGAAAAGAAUGUCAAUAAAUUGUAUCUUCCACCUCAUUCCAGUCAUGUGUUACAGCCACUGGACCUGGGGACAUUCACACUAUUCAAGUCAAGCUGCCUCAGGGAGAUAG